CAUAAUCUUUUUUUUUUGUUUGUUUUAAAUUUUCUUAUCAGUUGUGCCCUAGUUUCAUUGAAUUUCAUAAAUUAGCUAUCAAUUUCUCAUCAAAAUCUGUUGAUAGGAAGUUGAAUUUCAAAUGUUAUCUUCUGGCAUGUGCUAAUGUAAUUUGGAAAUGAAUUAUAGGAAAGGGCAAAUCUUCUUAGAUAGAUUUAAGGCUGUAUCAGGGCGAGUUUUGUCGGGUUCACAACACUACGGGUUGCAACUCAGUGCUCACUCAUAUAGCACCAAGAAAGAUGAUGAAGAAAGAGAGCAGCUUGCAAAGGAGAUUUCGAAAGACUGGAGUGCUGUUUUUGAGCAAAGCAUAAAUACAUUGUUUCUAACUGAAAUGGUUCGGGGUCUCAUGCUGACUCUCAAGUACUUCUUUGAUAGAAAAGUUACUAUUAACUAUCCAUUUGAGAAAGGUCCAUUGAGCCCUCGUUUUCGAGGGGAGCAUGCUCUCCGCCGAUAUCCAACUGGAGAGGAACGUUGCAUUGCCUGUAAACUCUGCGAAGCUAUUUGCCCAGCACAGGCAAUCACAAUAGAGGCCGAGGAACGAGAGGAUGGAAGUCGUCGGACAACAAGGUAUGACAUUGACAUGACUAAGUGUAUCUAUUGUGGACUUUGCCAAGAGGCAUGUCCUGUUGAUGCAAUCGUUGAAGGACCCAACUUUGAAUUUGCCACUGAGACUCAUGAGGAGCUGCUGUAUGACAAAGAGAAGCUCCUUGAGAAUGGUGACCGAUGGGAAACUGAGAUUGCAGAGAAUCUCAGAUCCGAAAGCCUUUAUCGCUGAUUGCUCUAUUUUCCUUCUUUCUCGGACACCUACUGCUGCUUUCUUAGUUCCUGAAAAAUAAAAUGGUAGAUGCAUGGUCCUGCAUAUAGUAAGUAUCUGGCUUUGUGAAUGUAUCCUGUUGAAUUAUUUUGUUUUGCUACCUUUGAAGGCAAUGGUGGAUAAAAGGAUCCUAUGUUUAGGGAACAAUUUUCAAUUGUAAAACUUUACCCAAAUGAGAAAUAACAAGAUUUUGGUGAUUUUUAUUUUUCCUUUGAAGAGAUUGAUGGAAUGAAAUCAAUAUUUGAAGUCUGAUUUGGAAUUAUUAUCAUU